AUGCGUAAUUUAUGUAGUAGAGAUCUGUAUUUAUUCGCAAAACGUUUCAAUUUUGCAUGUGGAAAACUAUAUGGUGUUUUUCUUCUUCAAAAUAAAAAUGUAGUAAGCAAUUUUAACAGAAGAAAUGAUGCAUUGUGUACUGGAGGAAAAGUUAGAAGAAUAGCUGAUUUAUAUAAAGAAAAUAAAAAUAAAAAAACUGUUAAUGUUAAAAAAUUAGCUACAUCUGAAUAA